UCUGGCACCGACGUCUCAGACGUAACGGCGCGGCGUUCGCGAGAGGGAAGGGGCGACCAUAAACAAAGCGCGUGCUAAGAUAUAUAAAGCCGAAGCGUCGAGUAAUAACAAAACAUUUGAAUUUUGUAACAGGCAAAAGUGAUACCGAAAGUGCAUUGUUUUCAACUGCUCGUUGGUUAUCAGUUUGUUAAGGACUUUUUCAAGAUGCGCCCGCCGUCUCAGUAUCCUCAGGAGAUUGCUCAAGAAGCUGACGAGAAUGAAUCGGAUCCAAGAUUCGGUGCUAUGAUGAUCUGCACCAAACUGGCUGGCAGAGCUGUAAUAAGGGUGAUUGGAAGAUGUAAUGAUGCUAAAGAAAAUGAAAAUCUCGAUUUAUCGAAUUGCCAGCUAAUGCAAGUACCUGAUGCCGUGUACCAUCUGAUGAGACACACCGAACUCAAAACCUGUGAUCUAAGUGAUAAUGUCAUAACAAAAAUACCUCCCAAAUUCGCUGCCAAAUUUAACCUUAUUACAGAUCUAAAUUUAUCUCACAAUCAAAUGUCAAAAUUACCAGAUGAGUGUGUGGAUUUGGGUUCAUUGGAAAGGUUGGAUAUUUCAUAUAAUACCUUCAUAGAAUUGCCGAAUUGUAUUUUCAAAAUUCCUAAGCUGAGACAUCUGAAUGCUAGCAAUAAUAGUAUAGUUGAUAUUGAUGUAGACUGUCUAAAAGAAGCACCAUCGUUAGAAUCCAUAGAUGUCACUAACAACCCUUUAGCGCCGAGGAUUCACGAACAACUUUCAAAACUUACUCAUUUACGGAUAUCUCUCUCACCUCGACAAAAAGAAGACUGGGAGGAUCUUACUAUAUAAUUCUAAUUUAAAUAUUAAUUGUCUCAAAAUGCUAUAGACUGGAAAAGCCAAAUGUUGAUUAAAGUCAGUUAUAGCUAAUUUAUGGUGCUACUUACCUAGAUAGUCGAAAAUCUAGUAGGCAUAUAUAUAUUUGUAUUUUUAUAAAAGGUAUUUUUAGAUAUAGGUGAUUUAAAACGUACUAAUUUUUAUGAUACUUAUUUUAAAGUAUCGAUGUGUGAACAUUUUUGUACUGACUUCCUACUGAGUUGUAAAAACCUAUUUGACAUUGAUACCGGUUACCAUCUAGUCAUAUUUUGUGAUAGAAAUGAUUUAUGUUCUUCUGAGUGAUUGGAUGCCCGUUUACAAGUGUCAAAUAAAAGAUUUAGCUAAA